AAUCCAAUCAAUUCAACUAACCCUCUAUAUCUUCACCCAAACACCACCUGUUCCAUCCAUCAUUUUUAUAAAUUUCUAGGGUUUCUCAAGCUCCUUCAAUGGCGAGCUCUCUUCUUCCUGAUUCCAGUAUGAUCAUCAAUCUCCAUUCUAAUUCAACCGCAUCUUCUUCUUCUAUUGCUCCUAUCGGUUCUCGGAUUCGUGUCGAUUUUAAGCCGCUUACUGUUAGGUCAUUGAGUUCUGAUCGACGAUCAGGAUGUGGACACAUCAGAUGCCAGGCUCAGUCGGAUUCGGAUCCGCGAUCGGUGUCGAAUUCGUCUAGUGUUUCUGCACUUCAGAUGCUUAAGACCUCUGCUGCCGGAAGAUAUACAAAGGAAAAGAGCGGUAUUAUGGUGAUUGGUCUUAGUUUCCACACAGCACCAGUUGAAAUCCGUGAGAAACUUUCCAUUCCAGAGGCAGAUUUACCUCAAGCAAUUAGUGAAUUGUGUGCCUUGAAUCACAUAGAAGAAGCCGCUGUUCUUAGCACUUGCAACAGGAUGGAGAUAUAUGUCGUAUCACUCUCCCAACAUCGCGGUGUUAAAGAAGUCACCGAAUGGAUGUCAAAGGUUAGUGGCGUUUCUGUUUCAGACAUUCGUCAUCAUCAAUUCUUGCUUUAUGAAAAAGAAGCCACAAAACAUUUGUUUGAAGUAUCUGCGGGACUUGAUUCCCUCGUUCUUGGAGAGGGUCAAAUUCUUUCUCAAGUAAAACACGUUGUAAAAGUAGGACAGGGAGUCCCCGGUUUUGAUAGGAAGAUUAGCGGGCUUUUCAAGCAUGCAAUCACAGUAGGGAAACGGGUCAGAACCGAGACUAAUAUCUCUUCCGGGUCGGUUUCAGUCAGUUCAGCAGCUGUUGAACUUGCCCAAAUGAAGAUUCCAGAAAACUCUUAUGCUUCUGUAAGAGUGUUGGUUGUUGGAGCUGGCAAAAUGGGAAAACUUGUAAUCAAACAUUUAGUUGCAAAAGGCUGCAAAAACAUGGUGGUUGUGAAUAGAUCUGAAGAUAGAGUAUCCGCCAUACGUGAGGAGUUUAAGGAUGUUGAAAUCGUCUAUCAACCUUUCUCAGAGUUAAUGUCGUGUGCUUCGAAUUCUGAUGUUGUUUUCACCUGCACAGCUUCCGAAACCUUAUUGUUUACUAAAGAUCAAGUUCAGACAUUGAGUAAAGCACCGACACAAAGGUUGUUCGUAGAUAUAUCAGUUCCAAGAAACGUGGAAUCAUGUGUUUCGGAUGUGGAAGCAACCCAAGUUUACAACGUGGAUGAUCUCAAGGAAGUUGUGGAAGCGAAUAAAAAAGACCGUUUACGCAAGGCAGAAGAAGCCCAAUUGAUCAUAUCAGAUGAAGUCAGAGAAUUUGAAGCUUGGAAAGAUUCUUUAGAAACAGUGCCAACAAUUAAGAAACUCAGGGCGUACGCUGAAAGAAUUCGCGCAAGUGAAAUGGAAAAAUGUUUAGCGAAAAUGGGUAGUGACGUGUCUAAGAAAAACCAGAAAGCUAUACAUGAAUUAAGUAAAGGUAUAGUAAACAAGCUACUUCAUGGUCCAAUGCAGCAUCUGAGAUGCGAUGAGACUGAAGGUCGAUUUUUAAACGAGAUAAUUGAAAAUAUGCACGCGUUGAACCGGAUAUUUGGACUCGAGAUGGAAAUUUCCAUUUUAGAAGAGAAAAUUCGAUCCAAGAUGGAGAGGUCCCAAGUAUAAUAUUUGACAUAUUUUGUUGGAAGUUAUUGAUUCAUAUAUUUUUCUAUCACUAUAUUUGGUGAUGAGUAAACUUAUGGAUGAGCAAACUGAUUUGUUCAAUUGUAAAAACCGGUAUAAUUAUUAUGUUAAAAUCAAUUCAUUGGUUAUGUAUCUAUGAACAACUAAUGAUGUGUCACUAUAUAAUACCAAGAGGAUACAUUAAUAUUCAAA